CUAAUCCCCCACAUCCGGAAAGUAACAGAGAAAACCCCAAUCCAGACCCUAUCAACCACUACUCCCCAAUCCCAAUAACCCCCAACACGUUUCCAACAAACACACUCCACAACGGCUCCCGGUCUUUCUCAUAAUGCUCUUUCAAAAUCCCCACCACCUUCGUGUGGCCGAUAAUCUUCGCGACUUCAAGGGCAGUGGACCCGUUCCCAUCGCGGACAUAUGCAUCCGCGCCUCUCUCCAGUAGCCACUUAACAACCCUUGUCCUUCCGCUCUUCGCCGCGUAAUGCAGCGCCGUAAGGCCCGCCUUAUCCUGCGCGUCCAGCCAUGGCUUAUUCUCAAGAAUGAGCUUGACCACCUCUCUCCGGCGCAGGUACUCCUCGUUGGGGACCAGGAGUGUGGUGGUAUCCACGUCGAUGGGCGCCUCGAUGCCCUGUUCCGUGACCAGUUGAGCCAGCGCUUCGACAGCGUUUUCCAAAGCGCAGUGGAGCGGCGUCAUCCACUCCGAGUUCUUGAUCCCCGCACCAGCACCUUUCGCCAGUAAGCGAGCGCUCAUACCGUAUGAUCCGCAGAGUGCGGACCAAUGCAGUGGUGUGCUGCCGGCGUUGUUCUUAAGGUUCGGCUCCGCUCCUGCAGUCAGAAGCAUUUCAACUAUCCCCUCGCUAUUCGCUGCGACGGCAAAGUGUAACGGUCUGCGGCCGAGGGUCUGGCAUCGCUCGUUGACAUCAAAGCCACAAUUUAUUAGGAGUUU